AUGGCCCAAAAAUACGCCAAGGAUCAGCCAGCAGGCUUCACCAACCGCAUUGAGAAAGUGGCUAUUAUUGGUGUUACUGGUCAAGUUGGCAGAUAUAUUACUGCUGCGCUUGCUUCAACUGGAAAGCAUACAAUUACUGCCUUGAUCCGUAAAGAGAGCAACACCAAAGUCCCUGAAGGCGUCAUCCCAAUCAAGGUGGACUAUGAUGAUCACGAGUCCCUCGUCAAUGCCCUCAAGGGUCAACAAUUUCUCAUCAUUUCGCUGGCUGUGACCGUCCCACGUGGUACACAGGCCGAAAUCAUUAAAGCUGCUUCCAAGGCUGGUGUUACGUGGAUCAUGCCCAACUGCUACGGCACCAACGUGUUUGACGAGAAGCUUGGGGAAGAAAACUUGACUCGGCCAGGUGUUAUUCCAGGAAUCAAACUGAUCGAGGAAGAAGGUGUUUCUUCCUGGAUCGCCAUGUGCUGCUCAUUUUGGUAUGAAUUUUCUUUGGCAAUGGGCCCAGGAUGGUAUGGUUUCGACUUCAAAAACAAGAAGGUCACCUUGAUCGAUGAUGGCAAGACCAGAAUUAACACCUCGACCUGGGACCAGUGCGGUCGUGCGAUGAAGGCUCUCCUCAGCUUGAAGGAGCUUCCUGAAGAUGAAUAUGAUCAGUCUCCAACUAUUUCGAACUGGCGCAAUAAGCCUCUCUUCAUUUCUAGUUUCCUUGCGUCGCAGCGGGACAUGUUGGACAGUGUUAAUCGUGUUAUGGGUACGACUGACGCCGACUGGACUAUUGAGUAUGAGCCACACAAGGAGAGAUAUCAACGGGGUAUGGAGAUCCUGAAGUCGGGUGAUCACUUGGGAUUCGGUAUCUGCCUUUAUACUCGUACGUUUUAUCCAAACGGUGGUGGUAACUUUGAGGACACUCAGGGUUUGGCAAAUGACAUUUUGGGCCUGCCUAGGGAGGAUUUUGACGAAGCGACCAAGCGGUCUAUUGGCAUGAUUGAAGGCGGCUUUGGACGGAUUCCUGUUGAGAUUAAUCUUUACAAAUAG